AUGAAUGCGGCGGCUCUCUCAGCGCCAUCAAGAGAAACGUCCUUGAAUAUGCAGUGGCGGCGAAAUUAUGUGCAGGAUACUUCACAGGCGCUGUCGGGGCUUCUUCAGGGUAUCGCCGGAGAGAAUUUGGCGGAUGAGCUGCUGUCCUCCAUCAAGGGCCGCGGCAGUGUGCGGGCGCACGGCGUCUACAUGUCUUUCGAUAACCUGUACGUCACCGUUGCAUCGUCGGCCGAAGAAGCCGGGCGCGCGUUUGCGGCGCUGUACGCGCCUUUGACACCUGAAAAGCGCGGGCAAUUCGAGAGCAACCUUUCGACGGUGAGCUAUGGCGCCGCACAGAGUCCCAGCGAUGCCGGGAGUGCCGCGGGCGGCGGGGCUGGCUUCAGCUACGCAGAUAUGUGCUGCCCGCCGAUGGUGACUCGCCGGCUGGCGAACAGCGCCUCGGCACCCCCACAGGUUCCUGAGAGGUUCGCGGAGCUUUGGCGGCGUUGGUCUGAGGUCAAGAAGACCUUCGUCGCGCCAUCCAGAAGGGAGUGUCUCUGCGGCCCAGACACCUACCUGUCCUAUUUUGGUGAUGCGUUCAAGCCUCCACCGCCGCCGGCGUUGCCGGUCGCGGCAACGCGCCGUCACAGAGCUGCCACGUCGUUCAGUCCAUUAGCGCUGGCGGCCAUGUUGCCAACGCACUUUGUGCCAGUGGAGGCGUUGCUGAAGCAGCUGCCGACCGGGUAUACGUUCGAGCACGUGCGCUGCGUAUUUGGCGAGACGAUGGCGCUGGAGAUGGUGGAGCUGGCGGACAAGACGUACGUGCGGUUUUAUGGCGGAAAGGACGGCGAGGGCUUCGCUCAGAGGGAACGCACUGCGAGUGUUUGCGUUGAUGAGGACGCACAAGCAUCAGCGCAUGACGGCAACAACGGUGGUGACUUCGACGACGACGAAGAGCCAGCAGCGUCUGGGACUUCCGCUCUGGCGCCACACAGUGACGACGCGGUGCAUCAGUACAUCGCUGCCUACGAGCCGAAUCCGUACUUGUUCUUCUCGUUUCUGCCGCGCUUCCCUCGGCCAUUUCAAUGGAUCCCCCUGUACGCUGUCGUCGAGCAUGCCCCGCCGGCGGUGAAAGCAGCGCUUCUGCCGCUGCGCCAGCGCUCCACCUUGCUGUACUUUGCCCAGCAGCAGCACCGAAUGCAGUUCACGUCACAGAACGACGGCGCCAUCUGCCUCAGCUUUCCGCCGGUGCGCUCGCUGCGUGCGGAAACGACACCGCUGCCGCGUGAGUUGGCGGAGGUGCAGCGCCUUCUGCAGACCCGCGGGCUCGUGUACGUGUCGGAGAUGGAGGCCGGGCUAGCGCAUCGGAUCAGCGAUGGUGCAAAACGAAGCAUCAUCGCCUACUUUGGAACGCUGCGAAGGUUUUUGUAUCAGCACGAGCGUGUGUUUCGGCUGUCUGUCGUGCCAAAUACCAACCGCCGCUUCUCCGGCACCACAACCGUCACACCGCCGGCGGCGAUGCCACGCUCAUCGGCACCGACGCUUGCAGGCGCUGUUACGCAGGAGCCCACACACGAGGUGUCGCACGAGGCUAUCACCCCGUCUGCGGCGUCCUCGGCGUCGGGUACAGCGGGCACGCUGUACCCGCCACCCUCGCCGACGCGCCGCGGCUUUGGGUUUGCCAUUGAAGUGCCGCCGAUAUCCACCGACGCGGAGGACGACGCAGUGUCCACGGCGAUGUUGCUCGGUAAGGGCAUCGGCGCACUUGACGCGAAUGGAUUUCCGCACUGGUUGGCCUCAGCGGACCUCGCUGUCAUGUGCGAGGGGCAUGCCAUGAUGCAGCAGCGCAGUGGUGUCUCGCCCGAGCAACGGCUGCAGACCGCCUCGAGGCAGAGGCGCUCAAGUCAGAAGAUCCGCCGUCGCAUGGCGCUCACCGCGAACCCAAACUCGCCAUACACGGACCCCGAGGUGUUACUGGACACCAUUCUGCGGUAUCUGCCCCCCACACAGCACAUUGGACUGCGCAGCCUCCUACAGGCGCUGCCACCGGCAAUCGCCGACUUCCUCCCUACAGACCCAAUCCGGCUCUUCCGAAACGCGCCAACAAAGGUGCAGCUGUUCGAGUUUCGUGAGCGGAAUAACAUUCGGGUGAUGCGGCCUGGACUGCCGCUGCCGGACGGACGGCUGCGUAGCAGCUACACCGUCGAUGAGUUGCUGCAUAUACUGGCGGCUGAACUGCCGCCAGGGCGGUCGCGCACCUCGAUCGAUCUCUUCGGUCGCCUUCCGUAUGGCGCACGCGAGACGAUACGCCUGCAGCAUCGCCACUUGAUCGACCUGGUGGAGCAAUACCCGCAGUACUUUCUUGUUGUUUUCGCAGAUGCGGAGUCGGCGAAGAAGAACUUGGCACGCGUUCAGCUCAUCCGAAGCCCACCGCCCGCGACUACACUUUCGGACGACGAAUGGGACGCGAAGACGACGACGGUGUUGGAUGACAUGACGCAGGCGGCUGAGCGGGAGGACCACGCCAUCCUAAUGGCGGAACUUCCGCCAUCCUUGCGGGAGACACUAAACCUGAAACCAAUGCCGUAG